AUGAAAGUGAUAGAGAUGGAAUUGUAUUCUUCCCAUAAUAAUAUAUAAAAUCUAUUAGUUACUUGUGAAUAAGCAGAAUAAUAUCAAUUUAAUAAGAAAAACAGAAAAUAAUGA